GCCUCGAAAUACCGACUGCAAGUUACCGCAGGAAGCGACUACAAUCCAACCACGCACCGAAUCGUCCGCGUCAAUACCCCAGAGACACUUGUAAUCGAAAACGAACACGCAUGUACCAGGCUAAGUGUCCGAAUCCAGAACUAUACAGGCUACCCAUGUACUUCUCCCAAGACAACGCCUUACUUCUCCCAUCCCCUCCAUAGAAAGGACCAAUACUCCAUCUCCUUCGCGAUCGUCUUCACUGACCCUGUCAACGGGAACGACCUACUCUUCGGCAAUGACUUUGAUCGUCCAAUUCGCGAUCGACUCCCGCUGGGGUUCGGGGCUGCGCUGCGUCUGGUCCAGUGGACGAUUGACCCGUCGCUAGAUGGGGAUCCUUACGCGGAUAGACCCUAUCUGUAUAGUCCUGCUUUGGCGACAUGGAACCAGUUUAGGAUUGGGGAUGGGAAUGCGAACGAGAACGAGAACGAGAACGAGAACGGUGACUUACCCGAUGAUAUCCACCACGGCGACAUUGUCGAAGAAGGAGGAGAUGGGACCGGGUUGGACAUCCGACAAAGGCAAGGGAUCCCUGGGGAUGUCGAGGGGCGACGAGGACAUUUCCAGCGCGAAGAAACCAGAAAGCGGUUCGUUUUUGAGGCGGGGAGGGUAUAUUAUGUUGAUUUUGGGAAUCGGUAUUUGGAUUUUAAUGAUUUUACACUCCGUCUUCCUGGGUUCAAGAUUAAUGCGUUGAAUUAUAUUGAUGAGAAGACGCAUUCUCUCCGGUAUGUUUUGAAGAAUCGGGGGACGGGACAGGUGUAUCUUGUUGUUGUGUUUACGUUGGUUUUACUUUCGGAUACGGAAGAAGAA